UCCCCGCUGCCCGCCAUGCUGCGCCUCCCUACCCCGCUCUCCCCGCCAGUGCGCUUGGUGCGGCCCUGCGCACUUCCGGCUCGCGCCGGGCCUGCUUCCGGUGUCCGCCCUCCGGCUCCUCCCGCCGCCGCCGCCGCCGCCGCGAUGCUGCUGUUGUGGCGGUCGCGCUGCCUGGGCCGGGCGCUGGGCCGCUCGGUGCGCACCCUCCGGCAGGGCAACUGUACUCUGGCAAGACGCUCCCUGUCUGGUGUGGCUAGCAGCCAGGGACUGGCCUACACCGACAGCAGGAAGCUCGUAGUAAAUAGCUCCAGUGUCUUCGCUGUCCGUUAUUUCAGAACCACAGCAGUACAUAGGGAUGACGUGGUUACGGUGAACACCCCAGCUUUUGCAGAGUCAGUCACAGAAGGAGAUGUCAGGUGGGAGAAAGCUGUUGGAGACACAGUGGCGGAAGAUGAAGUGGUGUGUGAGAUUGAAACAGACAAGACAUCAGUGCAAGUUCCAGCCCCGGCAGCCGGUGUUAUUGAAGCCCUUUUGGUACCUGAUGGUGGCAAAGUGGAAGGGGGGACACCUCUGUUCAAACUCAGGAAAACUGGAGCUGCUCCUGCCAAGGCCAAACCAGCAGCAGCCCCUCCUCCUCCUCCUGCAGCACCGGAACCUGUAGCUGCAGCUCCUCCUCCUCCUGCUGCAGCACCAAUUCCCACUACAAUGCCACCAGUGCCACCUGUGUCAGCCCAGCCUAUUGACAGCAAACCAGUGUCUGCAGUGAAGCCGGCUGCAGCUCCAGUGGCAGCCCCUCCUGGGGAGGCAGUGCCCAGCAAAGGUGCCAGAUCAGAGCAUAGGGUGAAAAUGAAUAGGAUGCGUCAGCGUAUCGCCCAGCGGCUGAAGGAGGCUCAGAAUACUUGUGCCAUGCUGACCACUUUCAAUGAGAUUGAUAUGAGCAACAUCCGGGAGAUGAGAGCUGUACACAAGGAUCCCUUCUUGAAAAAGCACAACCUAAAAUUAGGUUUCAUGUCAGCUUUUGUGAAGGCUUCAGCUUUUGCUCUGCAGGACCAGCCUGUUGUGAAUGCAGUAAUUGAUGAUACGACCAAAGAGAUUGUGUACAGGGACUAUGUGGACAUCAGUGUAGCUGUAGCAACUCCCCGGGGUCUUGUGGUCCCAGUCAUUAGGAAUGUAGAAAAUAUGAACUUCGCUGACAUAGAGCGAGCUAUCUAUGAGCUGGGGGAAAAGGCACGGAAGAAUGAACUGGCUAUUGAAGACAUGGAUGGCGGCACUUUCACAAUCAGCAAUGGAGGGGUUUUUGGGUCACUCUUUGGGACACCUAUCAUCAACCCACCGCAGUCUGCUAUCUUAGGCAUGCAUGCCAUCUUUGACAGGCCUGUGGCUGUGGGAGGCAAGAUCGAGGUCCGGCCCAUGAUGUACGUGGCACUGACCUACGAUCACCGGCUGAUUGACGGCAGAGAGGCAGUGACUUUCCUGCGCAAGAUCAAGGCAGCGGUGGAGGAUCCCCGCGUGCUGCUCCUCGACCUGUAGAGCAGCCACACCCCCACACAACCCACCCAGGGCAGAGACGCAGCACCAGCAGGGGCGCAACGCAGGGCAUUCAGGAACUGGCUGGGGUCAUUCCAGUCUCCCUCCCUCUCCCCUGAGAUCAGAGACGUCCCAGAGGGAAUUGGGAGGGUAGCUCCUACCUCCUUUCCUGUUCUGUUUAAUGGAUGGUUCAGUCUCUCACUAGGAUCGCCAUGCAGUGGGCCAACCACUGAACGGCACUGCCUUUCUGGAGCCAUCUGUGUGGCAUCCUCUCCCUCACGGCACCAAACUCUCACCUCUAGCUUGUACAAUACCACUGGAAAAUGCUUGCUGCUGCUGUGCUAGGGUACCCUUUCCUGCCACUCCAAGGUGGGUUCAGCUUUAUUUCCUAGCACUGAGGUGCUGGGAGGGGAGGGAGAGGAAAGGCUACUGUUCUGUCCCCGUUUUGCUUGAAAAUAAUCACAUUCAUCUGUCUUGCAAGGGCAGCCUGGGUUCCCCCAGGCCAAUUGCAGCAGUUUUUGAUCAGAGCAGGGCUGAGGUAGGUGUCAUGCCCCUGGCGGUGCCCUAAUUACACUCCCUCCACAAACUGGAACGCAGUGGUUGCAUCUGCCCUGCUUUCCCUUGGAGAUCAUUUGUCUCUCUCUAUCCUGGCCACUGAGUCAUGAAUGUUCCUGGCCAGGUGGGCAGAGCUCACAACCUCUGUGGAGGUAGCACUGUUCCUGGGGAUGGGAGGCCACCCUUUCACCAUGACAUGCCCAGCACUAGGCUAAGAAACAGUCCCAAGCAGCUGUCCUUGAAUCACAGCAUACUGAUGGGUGGGUCUGCGUGUGAGGGCUUGGCCUGCUACCAGCAGAGGGGGGGGGGUGGGGCUGGUCUGCAAAUGUAAUGUACAUCCCAGCCCAAGGCUGCUGGUGUUGGGGGGAGGGGGGACAGUCCUUAAUCUGAUAGCGCACACAUGUAUUGGGGAGUGAGGGGGUUGCUAGUGCCUGCAGAGUCUAUUACUCUUACCCUCUACACAGAACUUGUAACUAAAAUAUUUAACACAGCGGAUUUUAAAUGAAAUAAAACUGGGCAACAACUGCAA